UGCUCAAACGCCACCCGGGGGUGAGAAAGAUCUCGGCGACCUCUGUCUCUCUCUCUCUCUCACACACACAUCGGCUCUCGUGGGAUCUCUCACACACACAAUCUCUGCAAGACUCGAUGUCGCAAGAAGAAUAAGGGGGAAUCUCUCUUAGUCUCAUCUUGAAGAAGAAGAAGAAGAAGGAGGACGCCAUUUGAUCAGCCAAGUCAUUCCUCCCGGCACACGACACUGCUUUGCUGUUGCUGCUAAUUUAGCCGAAGAGCGCUCUCGUUCUCUGCAAAGCGGGGGAGGAAUUCACACGCACGGCGCUCAAUCAAUCAUCACCAUGUACCUCAGGGUGGCGUUAGCGGCACUGGCCCUAGUGGCCCGCGCCUCGGCGAAGGCGGUGGCGGAACCGACGGCCGAGGCUGAAGCGGUGGCAGAUCCUACGGCUGAAGCCGAGGCGGAGGCGGUGGCGGAGGCAGCCGAUAUUGCAUACGGUCCUCCCAUUCAUCAUGCCCCUGUCCAUGCCAUAGUGCCAGCUGUGCCCACCGUCGUUGCACAGCCCGUUGUUGUUCAUGCGAAACUGCCUUACGAAUUCGGAUACGGCGUGUCCGAUGCUUACACCGGCACCGACUACAGCCGCUCGGAAACUUCCGACGGGAACGUCGUCAAGGGGUCCUACCACGUCCUUCUGCCUGACGGACGCAAGCAGAUCGUCACUUACACCGCCGACGACUACGGAUUCCACGCAAAGGUGUCUUACGAAGGGGUGGCCGCCCAUGAUGUGGCCCACGGACAUGCAAGCCAUGUAGGACAUGCUGGUCAUGUAGGACAUGUAGGACAUGCUGGCCACGCAGUCCACGCUGGCCAUGUCGACCACGUUGAUCACGUCGAUCAUGCCGUUCAUGUUGGCCAUGGGGCCCCAGUCGUCCACGCAGCGCACAUCAGCCAUGGAGACCACAUAGUCCAUGGAGGUCACGGCCACGCUGAGCACAGCCACAUAACCCAUACGGAUCAUGUGGUCCAUGGAGGUCACAUUGGUCAUGUAGGUCAUGUUGGACACGGACACGGUGGGCACAUCGUGCACGGAAGUCCAGCCGUGUAUGGAGGUCCAAUUGGUCACGGCCACAUAGGUCAUGUUGGCCAUGUUGUCCACGGAGGCCCCAUCGUGCAUGGAGGUCACAUUGGCCAUGUUGGUCAUAUCGGUCAUGGUGGUCAUAUCGGUCAUGGUGGUCAUAUCGGUCACGGUGGCCACAUUGGGCACGGAGCCCACAUCGCACAUGGGCACGGUCACAUAGGCCACAUAGGAGCCAUCGCCCAUGGCCAUGUGGGACACGUAUCUCCUUACGCAUAGAAUAAUUCCCCUUGACAAAUACCCAUUCUCCGAGAUCAGCUGAUCGCGUGAACAAACAUUAACAACUUUAAAGUUAGCUUAAUGUAUUCGAUACUGCUCUUAUUACUCCAUACUUUUUGUAAAUAAAAACCUCUAAGGAUAUAUCUCCUCCUGCCAUUUUAUCGAUCGCCUUACAAAUCUGAAGUCACACGAUUUGUACAUAGAAAUUUCGAAAGCCGGUAUUUCUCCUAAAUCUUCUUAUACAUUAACUUGGAAGAUAUCUGAACCAGUACGAUUUGUACAUAGAGAUAUUAAGAUUGUAUUUAUCCUAACUCAUCUUUUAUAUUGACUUGCAGAAAAUCUAAAGUCAUACAAUUUGUACAUAGAAAUUUCAAAGACUGUGGUUCUAAGUCAUCUUGUGCGUACCUUGCAAAAAAUCUGACCCCAUACCAACUAUACAUAUAAAAAUUGUACAUAAAAAAUUCUAAGUAUGUAUCUCAUACCAUUUUAAAUAUUAGCUUCUAAAACUCUCCUCUACAAACCCCUUAGAUUGCCAUAUACCAAGAUAUUUGCUCUCUGAAGGAUCAGUUAAAGAUAUAUAAAUACUACUUAAGAUUCUCAAGGCUAAUAAGAUUCCUGUCAAGAGGUGAUACUCUUCCCUUACGCAUUAUACGCAUGUUGUCUCAAAUACGCUUCGGUGAGCUGUUACUCAAUCAUCCCUUUCAUUUAAUAUAUUUUGUACUAUUCUGUUAAUAUAAACUUGUUAAAUAUACACAUACUAACAGAAAUGUAUAUACACGCAUAAUGUGUCGAAACGCUACAACGAAUAAAAGCUUGCAUAUCCUAAA